AAGUAUGRUARUGGUAUAAAGAAAACAGUGGCUUCAGGGCAGUGGCUGUACCUGCACAAUGACCCAAGUUUGUUUUGGUCUGAAAUUGAGGCUGUGAUUUGUUUCCAAGCUUUGUAUUUUCUAAUGCGUUCUGCCUAUCCAUAUGGCAGAUAACUGUGGUUUUAAAAAUCCAUGUCCACUUUCCUUUCCAGUUUCACAAUAUAUCAUGCCUGAAUCCUGCUGGGCUUUUAAAAGUGGAGGAGAUUGAAUAUGUACAAAGUAUUCCAACAUACCGAGGGUGGGAGGGUGCCAAGUCUGCAGUGUUAGUGCUGAUCAGUGAUUGAAAUGAGUGUGAAAUGUAUUUSCAGRCAGUUUAGUUGCUGUCUGUGAGAAACGGAUUGCUGGUCCCAGGCUYUGGGAGGUGGGGAGUAAUAGUCACAAAUAUUUUCCUACCUGGUGAAUGGGAGGUGAAACAGUUGCCUUCCUGGUAAGGUGUCAUGUGCACAGAGGUAAAAGUCAGUUACAUAUUUCACCCUUGUUCUUCAACCCCAAACUGGCCUGGGCAGGAAAUAYAGGUGCUUGCAAAUAGCACGGCUUCUGCUAUUUAGAGGCCAGUGACAGAGGAUGAAAGCAGGAGGUUGACAUCAGGAAGACACUUGGGAGAUUUGAGUGAGGAGAACUGAGUCAAUGAGUGUGUUGUUCAAAUCUGUAUGGAUAGGCUCUUGCAUCCUGCCAGGGGUGUUAAUGCUGGGAUCUGGAGAAGGUGGUGUGCUUGAGGGGAGUUUUAUGUGAUGCUGUGACUCAGAGAUUUUUGGUUGGCAUUGAUAAUUGAACAAGUCAAAUCUGUUUUCUUGGACAAGAUGUCACUCUGACUUUGCAAAUUGAAGGCCGUGUGGUUGGCAUUCUGGCAGUGAUGCAUUUUUUUGGCUGGCUUUUUAGUGGCUGGAGGCCAUUCACCUCCUAGCUGGCUGGUAGACCAUGUGUAGGCCUGUCUGCUAGUCUAUUGUUCAGCCAUGAAGAACAAGGCAAACAAUUCAAGUGGGACUCUGGUUGAAGAAGUUGUGUCUUUGGGUGAUCCUAAAGUAGGGGAUCUGUAGUAUAUACAGAAAUGUAAGUGUGGGACAAAAAUGAAUCAUUUUUCCAUGCUGUCCCCAUCCUGUCUCCAUGAAAUCGACCUCUGUUUUCCUUGUGUUCAGGUUCUGUGUGAAAAGCACAUGUGGUUGGGCUGCAAGAGCAAGAAGACAGAAUGCUGUCAAGACCAAAGCCUGGGGAGUCCGAGGCAGACCUGCUGCGCUUUCAGAACCAGUUCCUGGCAGCCAGAGCUUCACCUGCAGUGCAGAUUGUGAAGAAGGCAGACAAGAGGAAAGGGAAUGAAGGGAGCCCAGAUGCUGAGAGACCCCCACUACAAGACAGCAAAGAUGUAGUCAUGUUGGAUGGUUUUCCUGAUACUCUCCCAACUCUAACUCCAGCUCCUCCAAAAAAGUCCAAGAUCAAAAGUGCUGGUGUYCACUUUGAGGAUGAAGAUCCAGAGGAAAGAUUGGACAGUCAUGAUCGACACAUUACAGCAGUCUUCAGCAAAAUUAUUGAACGAGACACAAGUGCAGCAGCAGUUACCAUGCCGGUGCCCACAGGAGAUCCAUUUCCAAGAACAUUUCACCGCUCUGAGAUAAAAAGUGAGGUGCAGCUGGGAACUGGAAGAAAAAGCAUCUUUGCACAGAAGAUGGCAGCGAAAAAGAUUGCGGAAAGGGCAGCGAUGGCUCCCUCUGCUGCCGAGUGCGUGCAAGUAACAUCAGCUGCUCCGGAUGCCUUGGAUCCUGAGGGAUCCGCGGGAGAGGCACCGACCCCCAGCAGCAGGGGUGAUAAAGAUGGUGACUUUUUGACCUCUCAGCGUCCUUGUCUCAUAACGGGAGAAGGUCUUGGAAGCCAAAAGAGUGAGCAGGAAGCUCAAGCUAUUCACAAAGAGAACUUGGAGAAGCUGCGGUCCAUGUCUGAGGAAGAGAUCCUGCAGGAGCAGGCGAGGCUUCUGRCUCAGCUGGAUCCAAGUUUAGUUGCUUUCUUGAAAUCGCAACGUGRUAACAAUGAAGGCCAGAAAAAGGAAUUAAAAAUGGAACAGAACAAACCGGAGGAGUUUGUGGAAUCUCUGCCUGUGGCUCAGCAUGGUGUAAGAUCAUCUCUUUCCACACAAGMGUCAGCUCUGGAAGAAUCUGUAAGGAAAGAAGAAAAUGUGAAGGUAGAAAUCACAGAUGAUGAUCUGCCUGUGAAGCCCAGGAAGGAGUGGAUUCACAUGGACAAUGUAGAGUUUGAGAAGCUGGAAUGGAUGAAGGAUUUGCCCCCACCUCGCCAGAAAAAAACCAAAAAGGGAAUGCAAGCUCGAUUCAGUUUAAAAGGAGAAUUGAUUCCUGCAGAUGCUGAUUUGCCAACACAUCUAGGCUUGCACCACCAUGGAGAAGAGGCAGAGAGGGCUGGUUAUUCUCUGCAAGAACUCUUUCAUUUGUCUCGCAGCCAAGUUACACAACAGAGGACACUGGCUCUACAGGUCUUAGGUCGUAUUGUUCAAAGGGCUCGGGCUGGAGAGUUUGCCUCCUCACUGAAGGGCAGCGUUCUGCGUCUGCUGCUUGACGCUGGCUUUCUGUUCUUGCUGCGCUUCUCCCUGGAUGAUGCUGUGGAUAAUGUCAUGGCAGCAUCUGUUGGUGCUCUCCGGGCUCUGCUGGUGUCACUUGAUGAUGAGAAAUAUCUUGAUUGGACUUUCUCAUGGUACCAAGGGAUGGCUGCAUUUCCCUUUGUCCCUAACAAUGAGGAGGAAGAAGAGGAGGAAGAGGAAGAGUUAAAUGGAACAGAAAAAUCUCAAGAUAAAAAAUUAAAGGAUGAAAACAAGCCAGACCCAGAUGUGGCCCGAUAUGAUGUUGUAAAGGGACUUUUGAAGACACGGAUCCAGCACCGGCUGAGGUACAUCCUGGAGGUGGUGCGACCUGUUCCAACAGUAGUCCUGGAUAUACUGCACAUCCUCACCCACAUAGCAAGGCACUCCWCUGAAGCAUGCAGCCAGCUGCUUGACUGUCCUCGAUUGAUUGAGACCAUUGUCAGGGAGUUUCUCCCUACUCGGUGGGAUCCCAAAGUGGCUGAACCAGGGAUUUUACUUACCAGUCUCCACGGAGUUGCUUGCUCCAGUGCUAUGAAGUUCAUCAGGGUGUUGGCAUCUGGAGGCCGAAAUGCAACAGCCAGGCUGCUGAACAAGUUUGAAAUGAAGAGUCGGUUAAGUCGCUUUAUUGCUGAAGACCCACUGGAUCUGCUUCUGCCAAGAGAAGAAUCGGUCAGGCUGAGCACYGAAGCCUUCCGGCUGUGGGCUGUGGCUGCUGGCUACGGGCAGGCCUGUGACCUCUACAGUGAUCUCUACCCUGUGCUGGUGAGGAUUUUGCAGUCCCUGCCCGAGUUGCUGAGCGCUUGCACUGGAAAGAGCCCUGUGGUUGAGUUGUCUGUGCAGCGAGCUGCAGCAGUGGUUACUCUGUUGACACAUGUGACACAAACAGCAGGCUACACGGCAGAGCUGCAGGCCAAGUUGAGCAGCAAUAGCUCAGAAGAUAGUGAACAGAUUCCACCUCCUCCAGUAGCAUGGAAUCAAGUGUCAGGCUUACAGCCCUUCCUUGAGACAAGUCUGAAAAAAAUCCUUCAGGAGAUAUCCCAGGCAGAAACUUGGCAAACUCUGCAGCCUCUGACCACAACUUGUCUGAUCUUCCUGGGAGUUUAUUAUAGUGCUUACAGCCAACAGCCAUCAGUCAAUCCAAUUGACUGCUUAGAGGAACUGGAACGUUUGACCUCUGAGGUACUGCAGCCUCUUCUCAGCCAGCCAGCCAUAGACAGCAUGUGGGACUUGCUCAGGCCAUGUUCUGCUUUGUGCAACCCUCUGUCCUGUUCCCCGGCACCAGAAUCUGUCGUCAGCAUUGCAUCUCUGAGUUGCACUGGGGGCAAACCUCCUUUGAGCCUGGUUGGCUCCAAGUCACCUUUCCCCUUCCUCACUGCCCUCCUAUUUCUCAUCAAUAACAUCACUCAAAUUCACAAGGGCCUGACCAGCAAGUACAGCUCUGUGCUGGGCUUCAGAGGCUUGAAGGAUUAUCUGCAUCAAAGCUGGCAGACUGGACCUCCCUCUGUAACUCCCUCAUCUGCGUGGAUCCUACGCCAUGAAUAUCACCUGCAGUAYUUUGUGUUAGCGUUGGCUCAGAGAAUGGCAGGCACUUGUYCAGAUUACACCCAGCAUGCCUCACUCCAUCACUGUGUUGCCAUGGCAUUGCUAAGCCGUCUGUUGCCAGGGAGUGAGCAUCUGGCUCACGAGGUCCUGCUGGAUCUUGCCUUUAAUCCAGAGUUUCUUCCUGAAGGGAAAGCUGGAGGGCCAGAAGCAGCUGACUUCUCUGAUAUCCUGCAUCUGGGCACCAGUGCCAAACUGGCACAGCCUGGCUCUGCAGCAGCAUCUCUUUCAAAGGUUACUCGUGGUGYCCUUCUGAAAGAAUCGUACCAGAAUCUUCCUUCCAUUCGUUCCUGCUACCUCUCUCACUUUGCCCACUUGCAGCCCACCCUCAUGCGUUCUCAGGCAUCCUACCAAGGGCGGAAUUACCUCAUCCAGUCGAUGCUGCUUCCUGAGGUCAGAGGGCCCAUCCUCCCUUCAGACUGGCCAUUCUUUCCACUUAUCAGCCUCUACAACAAAGUGACUAAUGCAGAGACACGUGGGGCUGUUCUGAACUCUCUCCCACUUGACCUCAUCAACACUGUGACUUGGAACCUGCAGUGGGUCUUAUUGCUGGAAACCUGGCGUUCUAAAACCCUUCAGAGCAUCCCGACUGCUGCCAAACUUGCACGGCUUAUGUGUGUCUUCCUCACGGGCAAUGACCUCUUUCUAGAAGCACCAGUCCAUCACUACACAGCUGCCCUUCUCUCUGUGUAUUGCCARCCCAAGGCCCUGGACUCUCUGAACUUGGAUGCUCCUCUCCCUGGUUUGGCAUCCUUCCAUGAUCUCUAUAUAAAUCUCCUGGAGCAAUUUGAGGGUGUGUCCUUUGGAGAUCCACUCUUUGGAGUCUUUGUUCUUCUACCUUUGCAGAAGCGUUUCAGUGUUCAUCUGCGUCUYGCUGUUUUUGGGGAGCACACAAAUAUCCUGCGAGCGCUGGGAGUGCCAUUACAGCAGUUUCCUGUGCCUCUUGAGCRCUACACUUCCCCUCCUGAGGAUAAYCUGAACCUCCUGCGACUCUACUUCCGCACGCUGGUCACUGGUGCACUGCGCCAYGCCUGGUGCCCUGUUCUGUACGUGGUGGCUGUGGCUCAUGUGAACAGUUUUAUUUUCUCCCAAGAAAGCACAACGCAGGAGAUAGAUGCUGCUCGGAAAAGCAUGCUSCGGAAGACGUGGCUGUUGGUGGAUGAGAACUUGAAAAAGCACCUGCUGUACUACAGACUGCUGAAUGCAGAGAGUCCUUUGGGAUUUGACAUUUAUGAGCAGCUCCCUCCCAUGCGACUGAAGUACCUGCAGAGAGUGACACAGAACGAAAUUAAGGAGAAUGCACCAGCACUAGACACAUAGCAAAGCACUUGUGCAAGAGGAGGGCCAAGGUGAAGAAUGGAAGGGCUCUGUUUAUACUUCACUGGUGAAACUACUGACAGUUCAGAUAAUUUUAGUGUCUUACCUGGACACUCUUGUCAUCUUUUCCUAGUGAAGCACUACUAGAAUGGUUCCAGCCCUGCAGAAGAACACACAUGUUGUCAAAAUAUGAUAGUAUGUGUGUGGCCUCUCUGUGAUGAAUGUUGAAGCAUUUUCCUCCAUACUCUUUCAAGUUCUACUUCUUCCCAGGGAAAGUGAGAAUGUGUCUGGAAGGCACUGGACUGUUGAAUAAACUGAAGUGGGAAAGCUGUUUUGUUCAGUCAUGCUGGAAACUGGAUUCUCGAGAUAAUGUCUGUCUUCCCCAGAUCCUUCCCUUGCUUUUUUUGUACCUUGAAUUUGAAUGGUCCUUUCCUCACACUGUACCCUGCAAAUAGAAUGACAGGGAGGAAUCUGAUCCUGAGAGCUUUUUCUUUAACAUAUAUGUACAARCAGUUUCUCCAAAAUAGUAUUCUGUGCAUACACUCAGUAACACGGAUGUGCUGGGUCAGACAUGUAAGAAAUACGAAUUCCUAGUGCAGUGGUACAAACACUGAAUAUCCUCCCUUGGCUGUCUUUUGGAUGGUCUCUAAACUGCUUUCUUUUCUCCCUUAAUUUGAUUACAUGUAUAACAAGAUCAAAAAUAAUUUCUUUGCAGGCCAGAAUGCUUGGCAGUAACCACCCCUCAUUAGAGGAAAAAAAAAGUAUUUGCUAGUUUAGUUAGAAUAUGUACUGGUUGCCCUCUGAGGAGAAUGCAAUUUAAAUAUUGAAGUGGAGUUUCCUAGCUCAAACCUAAUUUUAAAAAUGUCUAAUUUGAUCCCAUUUCUACAUCCAAAUUCUGUAUUUCUGCCUCAGACACAAGGGCUGCAGAUACAGAGCCCUGAAAGGCUCAUCACAAGUGCCACAUCAAGUCCAGAAUUUACUCUAGAUAUAUGAUCUCACUGGUUGUUUUCUUUGUAUCAAGUAAGUUUUGCAUGGUCACUCUGGCAGGCUUUUGUUUGGAGAGUUUGACUUUUAUGAGCAAAACUUUUAAAAGAUGUUUCUGAUGUUUUGUUCUUAAGAAUAAAUUCCUCCAGAAGGUGCAGGGUGAUGCUUGGUCCAAAGACCUCAGCCCCUGUCUUUACCUAUCAAACAGGCCAAGCUAACUUCCCUCUGAGGAAACCUCAAUUUCAUCUUUCCCCCCUUAUUUUAGAGAGGAUAUGGGCAGAGCUGGUGUUUCCUUCCAAUCUCUCUUUUUUUUUUUUUUCUUCUCUUUUGAUCUGUGGUUUCUAUCUGCAGCAGGUCAAUGAUGUGUAAAAAACCAAAUGCACAGUGGUCUAACAARGAUAUUUUUUAUUGUUUAUUAUUUUUAAAGUAUUUGUUGUGAUUAAAAGUUUAAUCAAAGUCAUUCAAGUUUUAAUCUGUCUAGAUGGUGAGAGCUUAGCAGUUACCUUUCAAGAGCAAUGGAUGRUAAAAUUUAAGGAGUCCUAUCUGUUCAUUUAAGAGCAGCCUUCAUCAAGGACUUUACCUUUUGCUUUUCCAACCUCCAGUUAUAAAAUCUCUUCCACUCCUUUGUGAGAUGCAAAGUUGAGUUUUGUAAUGUGUACAGGAUGUAAAUAAAUAUUUUUAUAGCUCUG